AUGGAAGCUCCUUCUACUUCUAGGGCGAGCUCUGCGCACAGCGCGGAUCGCAGGGUGCGAGAACUCUACCGCUUUUACCGCCCCUCCGGUGUUCCCAGCGUCGUCCCAUCAUGGCUACCCUCAGGCGAAGAUGUACCGCCAGCAGGCAAUGGAUCGAGCAGGAGCGGUAGCUCUAUUGGAUCCCCAGACACGCAGCCCGGCACGGACGAUUCUGGUGCGUCGAACAGCAGCGCCACGUCGCGGCCGUCUACGGCUGCUGGACCGGAGACGUUGAUUCUGGGAUCGUCGAACAAUACCCUCACCUCCUUUUGUCAACUGGCGGCGCUGAGACUGAAUGUGGAGCGUGCGAUGAUUUGCGUAUUUGAUCGAGAUACGCAGUUCAUUCUUGCCGAGGCCACUCAAUCUGUGAAUCUCAAUGAUAAUUCUAUACACAAGAACGAUGAUGAGCUUUGGCUGGGAUCCAGUGCGAGUAAGAAGGGAUGGAAAUGCUGCCAGGACGUCGUUGCAUUACCACCCUCGGAUCGCGAAACUCCUUCCUAUCCUCACCUCGUCGUGAAUGACCUGGCCGAAAAUGAACGAUAUAACAAAUCGAGCUUUGUUGCAGGGCCUCCGCAUUUUCGAUUCUUUGCCGGGACCCCCUUGACGACCGAGAACCGAAUCAACCUGGGAUGUUUCUUCGUAUUGGAUACCAAGCCGCGCGACGAACUCGGGGAGUUGGAACGGGAUACGCUGGGAUCUUUGUCGUUUUUGGUGAUGGAUUAUAUGAAAAUUUGUCGCCAGGCCUCGGAGGGUCGUCGAGCCGCUCGUCUUUCAAGAGGAUUGAGCUAUUUUGUGGACGGGAGCUCAAGUUUUGUGAAUAGCAUCGAUGGUUCACGGGCCAAUAGCUGCCCACCCGUUUCCGAAACUCCUUCGACUCACAACCGUGCCACUGGCUCGGAUGAGUACCAGCGUCGCCAGAGUCAAGAGAAUACGUCUCAGAUGGCCUCAAACAGUCCUCUGAAUGACCGGUGUAAUGGGAGCAACAGUCAAGACAACGUAUCAUGGACAGCAUUGACAAGCCCACCGAAUGAGCGGUUUAAUGGAAGCAACAGUCAAGAUAGUGCCUCUCAAAUGGCAUCGCAAAGUCCGCCGAAUAUCCGUUCUCUCAGCAAUGACUCGCGUUCGCUAAGCCCCGGCGGCUACAACACAAAAUUCGAAAACACAGUGUCUGGUGGAGGAGCCUCAGGAGUCGGAAGCUCCUUGCCAGAAUGGAUAACGAACAGCAGUCGCAACCGGCUCCCCCCAGAUGAUUCACACGGAAAUUCAUGGUGUUUCCGGCGAGCUGCAAACUUGCUCCGCGAGAGUCUCGACCUAAGCGACGAUGGCGGUGUGCUUUUCCUAGAGGCAACGCAGACUCCAUUAAUGGACGGUGAAAGCGGCAGUGAUUGCUCAAUGAACGAAAACAGCGGCCCUGCGACCGUUCUCUCGAUGUCCACCAACGAUGAUCCAUUUGCCCCAAGAGCCGGCUCCAUAGCUCCACCACCUGCCCGUGUGGAUCGGACUUUCUUGCGUCAACUCCUUCGACGUUAUCCCCAAGGCAAGCUGUGGUCCCUACACCGCGACGGCUUGAUUUCGACUUCUGAUGACGAUGAUCAACGACCCCGGGAUAAUCCGACAUUCAACACUCUCCAAUCACCGCAUGGUGGUGCGCAGUCAGUCGAUGCUGCAAAACCUCUAGGCAAGAGACACAAGGCGGCAGAGAACUCAAUGCUCAAUCAAUACUUCCCCGGAGCCACGCAGAUCAUGUUCGUGCCGCUGUGGAAUGCUGUCAGUUCGCAGUGGUUCGCGGGCUGUUUCUGCUGGACGACUGUUGAGACCCAGGUCUUCACUUCUGCCGUCGAAGUAAGCUCUGUUCUUGGGUUUGGAUCAUCCAUUAUGGCCGAGUACAGCCGGGUUGAGUCACUGAUCGCAGAUCGGCAGAAGGGAGACUUCAUAGGCAGUAUUUCACAUGAGUUGCGCAGUCCAUUGCAUGGCAUUUUAGCCGCGGCGGAGUUUUUGAACAGUACAAAACUGGAUGAGUUCCAAGACUCAUUGUUGGAAACACUCUGUGCCUGUGGCAGAACUCUGCUUGAUACGAUGAACCAGGUCCUUGAUUUUAGUAAGGUUGUGUCGCUUGAACGAACAUGGCGAUCGAUGAAACGAAAGAAGGAAUCACCGCUCGAUUUCAAAGGAACGGACAGAUUGGCUUCUCAUCUCGACACGUAUAUCGCGACAGACCUUUCAAUUGUAGCCGAAGAGGUUGUGGAGGGUAUCACUCUGGGCCUUGCGUAUGGUCAGAGUUCUACCGCAGCAGCCGACUUGCCGGUUGUGUUGUCUCAAAACACGCCCAAAGCUUUGACAACAAGCAAGGUAGAAGUGAUGAUCGAUAUUGCUAAUCGCGAUUGGGUCUAUCGCACACAACCAGGCGCCUUGCGACGAAUCAUCAUGAACAUUUUCGGAAAUGCCAUGAAAUACACCGAUGAAGGCCGUGUCACCUUGAGUCUCGAAGCUUCGAGUCAUUCUGAAGGCCGAUCUCGGAGACAGGGCUUAGAGGAUCUGGUUACGUUGACAGUUACGGAUACUGGCCGGGGUAUCUCGGAAGAAUUCCUGCGCGAUCGUCUCUAUACGCCUUUCGCUCAGGAAAAUUCUCUCGCAGUGGGAACAGGACUGGGACUUUCUAUCGUUCGAAGUCUCGUGAAGGCAUUGAAUGGUAACAUCCGUGUCCGCAGUCGUCCUGGUGAGGGCACCAUGGUCCGCGUGUCUUUACCUCUUGCCCGCCCCGUCGGCGAAGAAGAUCCACCUGUUGAACCAUAUGGCCAUCAAGUCCAGCAAAGGGAGAUUUUAGCGAAAACCGUCUCCCUCCGUGAAAAAUAUCCCGGUAGACGUGCUGCAAUCUGGGGUGCAGACCCGGAUCAUAUCGAUGAAAACUCUACUUGGGCCGAGAUUGGGCGAUAUUUGAGAGAAUGGUUUGGCGUUGAAAUCGUGCCAUGGCCGACUUAUCUUCCGCUGGACAUGCUUAUCGUGGAGGAAUCCGAGUUGCCCGUCCUUCGACAGGUUGCACUUUCGGCGACAUUGCCAUCCCUCCUGAUUUUGGGCAGCAAAGCCGAGGAUUAUAGCAAGGCAAAGUCAGAAUGGCUAGGUCUUGCUUCUUCAGUCAACAUUAUUCGACGUCCUUGUGGUCCCCACAAGCUAGCUCGGUGCGUGACGAAAUGUUUCCAGAACGCCCGCUCGACAGUUGUCAGUCCGUCAACUGCCGUACUUCAGAAUCCAAUGGACAUGCCCAUGCGAACACCACCAAUAAGUUCCGCAAUAACGUCGCCUGUUGGCGCAUCGUUCGAAAACCCCUUCGAUACAAACAUGUCUCUGAAAGAGGCUGUCCGUAGUCGGGCAGCUUCCCUUGCGGCCAAUCCACCCGCUGCACCUUCUGUGAUCUUCUCUCCACCGGAGGUCAUCGCGGCAGCUCCCGUCCCACCACCUCUCGGAGAGAAUAACACCGGCUCCACAAAACUAGCACGAGUCCUAGUCGUCGACGACAACUACAUCAACCUGAACCUCAUGAUGACAUUCAUGAAGAAACGCAACCUCAUCGAACUCGCAUCAGCUGAGAACGGGAAAUUAGCCGUCGAAGCAGUCGAGCGCGUAUCAAAUGGCUUCGAUGUCAUCUUCAUGGACAUUUCAAUGCCAGUCAUGAACGGAUUUGAAGCCACUCGCGCAAUCCGCGCAAUUGAACGAGAGCGUGAUGGCUGCGGGCCGGCUAUCAUCAUUGCUCUCACUGGACUGAGCAGUUCGCGAGAUGAAUCUGAGGCCCUGGCAUCUGGCGUGGAUAUGUUCCUGACCAAGCCUGUGUCAUUUAGGGAAGUCUCGCGGCUGUUGGAUGAGUGGGAGACGGAUGGGAUGGAGAGUGAACGAAGGCAGAUAACCUGA